GGAUAGCGUGUGCAUCUUGCCCAGCUGGGUUUUUUGGGUUUUCUUCACUGAGCCUUGCUGAAGUGCUUUGUGUGUUAAACUGCUGCUUUACAUCUCUGCUGUUCUCAGGUGUCUGCCAGGGACCUCAGGUGAAGACAGAGCUGUUUGUGCUCUUGCUUGCUGUGCGUGUGUGUAUUAAUUACUUCAGAGUAAUUAAUUCAAAAAGUGGUGGAAGGCAGUGAUGAGGUGUUCCUCUCCACGGAGCUGGAUCUCAGCAAUAAUCCUUGCAGUUGAGCCACUUUGAUUUUUAUGGAGGUUACCCAGCUGGGGAAGCUGCUGAUCCUGUUUUCUUGUACAUGAGGUGCCAGCUGCUGUCAUGCAGUUGUCCUGUGGAAUGAGAGGAAAAUCCUGUGGAUUUUCACAGUUCUUGACAAAGCAGUGGCACACAGUACCUGCUGUGGCUCAGUUCUGGAUCCAUUCUCCUCUUGCUUUCGUCUUUUCUGGUGCUCUGCAGCAGAGGCAGAUAAGACACACACGUGGGUAGUGGCCAGCUGAUGGGGUGUUAUCAGGUAGUCACAGGACCAGUAUAUUUAGCAGCACAGAUGCAGCUAAGGGUGCUCUUUGGAGCCUUGUUUUGGGCCUGCAGUUCAGAGAGGCAAUGAGCUGAAAAGGAGAAAUCAGAACGCACAGCAGUUGGCAACUUCCCACAGCUUCUCAGGGCCUCGGUGUCUGCUCUUCGUCAGGAGGUGCCCGAGUUGUUCCUCCUUUGGGUGCUCAGCUCACCGUCCAAGCAGGGCUGAGCUUUCUGCUCUCAGUCUUUUUCAGGUGACAUCACAAGUGGUACAAUGCAGGAGUCUGACCCCUUUUUGCUGGGCAGGUGGAUUAAUGCACGUGUAGCAGGACUCUGGGCUGGGUGGGAUUGCAUGGGCUUUUGCAGACGGGGCUUUUGGAGCUUGCUCUGACCCAUGGGCAAAGGAGGAAGGAGCAGAGCGUCUUCCUCAGAGGCUUCUUAGGGAGCUUUGCCCAUUCUUGAUGCUGGAAACAUUUUCUCUAAUAAAAAGAAGUCUGAAGAAGGCCCUAAGUGAAACUGAGAGAAAUUGUUUAUAAGUGUCGGGAGCACCUCAGGAGCUGUUUAAUCAACUUGUCUGCUCUUAAAUGAGGUUGUUACACAAAAAUAGAGACUUGCUUUGAAAUUUGGCAAAACAAAGGCACAGGACUGUAGGCAGAGGCACCAGGCUGUUCCUAGGGGUACUCCAUGUGGGCCUCCCCUUCCUUCCCAAACUUGCUUAGGAGCAGGAGAUCCACUUGGACUGACUUUCUGUCCAGGAAAGUGGAGACUGUGGGUUGACACCUGAAAGUGGAAAAUACCAACUAAAGCUGUUCAGGUUUGAUCAGUAUGAGCAGCUCUUGAACACAGCCCUACAGUGGCAAGCUCUGAAAAGGCAGAAGGCAGCUCUGCAGCUCUUGUUUGUGUGUGUUUUUAUGGAUUCAACUUCUUUUUCCUGGCUGAUAGCACUAGCUGACAGCCUAAAAACUGGUUACUACUGUGUUUGCAGGCAGUAGCAAGUUUACUGCUGGUUUGUUUUUUGGUUUUUUUGCAAGCUCUUAAAUUCUGAGACUAAAAAUAAAUUUGUUGCAAGAAGUUAUUAUUUGUUUCACAAAGAACUUUGGCAGUAACAGCAAUGUUUCUUCUUCUAAUCAUUUCUCUGAGACUGUCCUAGUUAAAAACAUCUGAAUUAGCACAUCCUUCAAGUUCCUGUUGUAAUCUCAUUUUUGGAUGCAUCAGCUGUAGCCUCUGGUUAGGGUUGCUGAGUUUGGUUUGGGGUCUUUUUUGAGUUUGGAGUUUUUUUUUAAAAGAGCUUUAUACCCAGUUUUCUAUGUUUACUAGGAAUGGCCUUUAAACCUUCAGGUGUAAUAAAAUUGUAAAUUUUUUUAUGCAUAGUGACAGCUUCUCUAUUCAUGUCUGCCUGGCUUCUGACUGUGAGGUUAAAACUAUAGAUUAAAGGACUUAAUUACACCAGGAGCAGUGAUGGUUGUCAGUGCACCUGGUUUUCAGGCUGCAAAAACCCAACAAAUGGGCAACCUGUGCCUAAUUAAGGAGCUAAUCUGUAUUCUUCAGUGAGGAUCACCUCCUGCUCUGCUGAGCGGUGAAACACAGCUCUUUAAAACACUGGCAGGGGAGAGCACUGGGCCAGCACGUGGUAUGCUAGCACAUUAUUUGUAGUUUCUCAAGCAUGGUCUAAGUGGGUUUGUGAAACAAGGCUUGUCCAGAGCCACUGCAGGUUGUGGGAAGUAAGUUUGCAUAUUGACUGGAGUAUUGCUUUGAAGGGUUCCUCACUAGAGCCCUCUGACAUCUCCAUUACUGAUGCACACGACAGGUACAUUAUAAUCUGUUUCAGAUGGUAUCUACAUCAAACCCUUGUCCUGCCCAAAUGAGCUGGUGUGGCUGUUAGUUCUGGUGGGGAACAUGAAGCAGUUAACCAUCAAUUCCAUAAUCUGCAUGAUUGUACCUCUUCCUUUGUCAAUAUCAAUUCACUUGAUGGAGCUUUCUCCUCCCAAACAAUUUUCACAUGGAUUUUCUCCUGGAAUAUGUCUUGUGUGGUGCAGUACUCUACUGAGAUGUUUUGUAGUUGUGAAGUUAAAACUGAUAUUACAUUCAUACAGAACAGUAGUUUGUGUAGAUUUUAGCCCCUGACGUGCUAUCAAAGCCUAUGGUUGUUUCAGUUUUUCUCGCUAUAAAACAACAUUUUUGGAUCAUGGCCCAAAGAAAUAUUCUUCUGAAUUGAAAUAUUUGAGGAAUUUUUUCUGAAUGAAUUCUACUGUUGAGCAAAGUCUCUAAGCUUAUUUCCAACUACUGCCUUAUCUGGGUGUUGAUACACCUCGGUUUGUGGUUUGGUGGGUUUUUUGCUUAAUUAGUAAUUUUGUUACUAUUAUUUUUUUAGCAGAAAAGAGCAGCAUUGGGAGCUUGGUGCUUCUGGUGCACAGGGCGGUGGCACCAUGGUGAAGCUGGACAUCCACACGCUGGCCCACCACCUGAAGCAGGAGCGGCUGUACGUCAGCUCGGAGAAGCAGCUGAUCCAGCGGCUCAACGCCGACGUGCUGAAGACGGCAGAGCGGCUGUACCGCACGGCCUGGAUCUCCAAACAGCAGCGCAUCAACCUGGACAGGCUCAUCAUCACCAGUGCUGAAGCUUCUCCUGCUGAAUGUUGCCAGCACGCAAAAAUCUUGGAGGACACACAGUUUGUGGACGGGUACAAGCAGUUGGGAUUCCAGGAGACUGCUUACGGAGAAUUCCUGAACAGACUGAGGGAGAACCCCAGGCUUAUUGCGUCCUGCCUGGUUGCUGGAGAGAAGCUCAACCAGGACAACACCCAGAGUGUCAUUCACACCGUCUUCACCUCCAUCUAUGGCAACUGCAUCAUGCAGGAGGAUGAGAGUUACCUGCUGCAGGUGCUCCGCUACCUGAUCGAGUUUGAGCUGAAGGAAAGCGACAACCCCAGGCGGCUGCUGAGACGAGGCACCUGUGCCUUCAGCAUCUUGUUCAAGCUUUUCUCUGAAGGACUCUUCUCUGCAAAACUUUUUCUUACUGCUACCUUACAUGAGCCAAUCAUGCAGCUUCUGGUUGAAGAUGAAGACCACCUGGAAACCGAUGCAAACAAGUUAAUUGAGAGAUUCUCCCCAGUACAGCAGGAAAAGUUAUUUGGAGAGAAAGGCACGGAAAAGUUCAAGCAGAGAGUCCAAGAGAUGGUUGACUCCAACGAGGCCAAGCUGGUGACCCUGGUCAACAAAUUCAUUGGCUAUCUCAAACAAAACACGUACUGCUUUCCUCACAGCCUGAGGUGGAUUGUGUCGCAGAUGUACAAAACACUGUCCUGUGUGGACAGGCUGGAGGUGGGCGAGGUCAGAGCCAUGUGCACAGAUCUUCUUCUGGCCUGCUUCAUCUGCCCUGCCAUCGUCAACCCCGAGCAGUACGGCAUCAUUUCUGAUGCUCCCAUCAACGAGGUGGCAAGGUUUAAUCUGAUGCAGGUUGGGAGACUUCUGCAGCAGCUGGCAAUGACAGGCUCUGAGGAGGGAGAUCCACGUACAAAGAGCAACCUGGCUAAAUUUGACAAAAGCUGUGUUGCUGCUUUCCUGGACGUGGUGAUCGACGGGCGCGCGGUCGAGACUCCCCCGAUGUCGGCCGUGAACCUGCUGGAGGGGCUGAGCCGCACCGUGGUGUACAUGACCUACAGCCAGCUCACUGCCCUGGUUGGCUUCAUGCGGAACGUGAUGUCAAGCGAUCAACUUAAGGAAGAUCGGAUGGCUUUGGAAAACUUGCUGGCAAAUUUACCCCAGAACAAGCCAGGGAAAAGCAGCAGCCUUGAAAUGACUCCAUAUAACACCCCCCAGCUUUCUCCUGCAACUACUCCAGCUAACAAAAAGAACCGACUGCCCAUAGGACAGCAGUUGGCAGCGAUUACUGCCUGGGAUACCUCUGCUACCAAUCUGUCAGCUCACAUAACUCUAGUAACCCCUUUUGCCACUCGAAGCAGAAGUAGAUCAAACAUGCUAAUGGACCAGCACGGAGAUCAUGAAGGAUCCUCCCAGGAGACUAUUCCAGAAGUUCAGCCAGAAGAAGUGCUGGUGAUUUCUUUGGGGACAGGUCCACAGAUUACUCCAGGAAUGAUGUCAGAAAAUGAGGUGUUAAAUAUGCAGCUUGCAGAUGGCGGGCAAGGAGAUGUCCCCAUCGACGAGAACAAACUCCAUGGUAAACCUGAUAAAACCUUGCGCUUUUCCCUCUGCAGUGAUAAUCUGGAAGGAAUAUCUGAAGGCCCUUCCAAUCGCUCCAACUCGGUGUCCUCCCUGGAUCUGGAGGGGGAGUCGGUGUCGGAGCUGGGCGCGGGCCCCUCCGGCAGCAACGGCGUUGAGGCUCUGCAGCUGCUGGAGCACGAGCAAGCCACAACUCAGGAUAACCUGGAUGACAAGCUCCGCAAGUUUGAAAUCCGUGACAUGAUGGGUUUGACUGAUGACAGAGACAUUUCAGAAACUGUGAGUGAAACCUGGAGCACAGAUGUCUUGGGAAGCGACUUCGACCCCAACAUCGACGAGGACCGGCUGCAGGAAAUCGCAGGUGCAGCUGCAGAGAACAUGCUAGGCAGCUUGCUGUGUUUGCCAGGUUCAGGAUCCGUGUUGCUUGAUCCCUGCACAGGUUCAACCAUAUCAGAAACCACAAGUGAGGCGUGGAGUGUGGAAGUAUUACCAAGUGAUUCAGAAGCUCCAGAUUUAAAGCAGGAGGAAAGACUCCAGGAGCUGGAGAGCUGCUCUGGGCUGGGUAGCACGUCUGAUGACACAGAUGUGAGGGAGGUCAGCUCUCGGCCCAGCACCCCCGGCCUCAGCGUUGUGUCAGGUAUUAGUGCAACAUCUGAAGAUAUUCCUAACAAGAUUGAGGAUCUCAGGUCUGAAUGUAGCUCUGACUUCGGGGGAAAAGAUUCUGUAACAAGUCCUGACAUGGAUGAAACAGCCCAUGGAGCCAGUCAAUUGACAUCUCCUCCUUCUCAGACAGAUUCUUUGCUUGCAUUGUUUGACCCUCUGUCCUCAAAUGAGGGUGUAUCAACUGUAGUGAGGCCUAAAGUGCACUAUGCAAGACCCUCUCACCCACCUCCAGAUCCACCCAUCCUGGAAGGAGCCGUGGGAGGCAACGAGGCCCGGCUGCCCAACUUCGGGUGCCACGCUUUGAUCCCGACGGACCUGGAAGCCUUCAAGCAGAGACAUUCCUACCCGGAGAGGCUGGUCCGCAGCAGGAGCUCCGACAUCGUGUCCUCGGUGCGGAGGCCCAUGAGCGAUCCUGGCUGGAACAGACGUGCUGGCAACGAGGACAGGGAGCUGCCCAUGGCCUCCAGCAGCGCCGGGGCAGCGGUGCUGGCGGCCGCCUCUCAGUCGUCAUCUUCAUCUCCCAGCAAGGACUCCUCCAGGGGAGAGAUUGAGGAUCGGAAGGACAGUGAUGAUGAGAAGUCUGACAGGAACAAGCCCUGGUGGAGGAAACGCUUUGCAUCUGCCAUGCCCAAAGCUCCUAUUCCAUUUAGGAAGAAAGAAAAACAAGAAAAAGACAAAGAUGACAUGGUGCCUGACAGAUAUGCAACACUUCAAGAUGAUCCCAGCCCAAGGCUCAGUGCACAGGCACAAGCUGCUGAGGACAUUCUGGACAAAUACAGGAAUGCAAUCAAGAGAACGAGUCCCAGUGAAGGAGCCAUCGUGAACUACGACAGUGCAGAGGCAAUUGGGGAUGGUGAGAGCAUGCACGACUCCCCACGGGAUGAGGCUUUGCAGAACAUGUCUGCAGACGACCUCCCAGACUCUGCAAGUCAAGUAGCACAGCCACAAGGUUCUGCUUUCUCCUAUAGGGAUGCAAAGAAGAAACUGAGAUUGGCUCUUUGUUCAGCAGAUUCUGUUGCCCUCCCGAUGCUGACCCAUUCAACAAGGAAUGGUCUCCCAGACCACACAGACCCUGAAGAUAAUGAAAUCGUGUGCUUCUUGAAAGUUCAGCUGGCUGAAGCCAUCAACCUGCAGGACAAGAACCUGAUGGCGCAGCUGCAGGAGACGAUGCGCUGCGUGAGCCGCUUCGACAACCGCACCUGCCGCAAGCUGCUGGCCUCCAUCGCGGAGGACUACAGGAAAAGAGCUCCAUAUAUUGCUUAUUUAACGCGCUGUCGCCAAGGCCUGCAGACGACACAGGCGCACCUGGAGAGGCUCUUGCAGAGAGUCCUGCGAGAUAAAGAAGUGGCCAACAGAUACUUCACCACAGUCUGUGUGAGGCUACUGCUGGAGAGCAAGGAAAAGAAAAUAAGGGAGUUCAUUCAAGAUUUCCAGAAACUGACGGCAGCAGAUGAUAAGACGGCGCAAGUGGAGGAUUUUCUGCAGUUCCUGUACGGGGCCAUGGCUCAGGAUGCCAUCUGGCAGAAUGCCAGCGAGGAGCAGCUCCAGGAUGCACAAUUAGCCAUCGAGCGCAGUGUGAUGAAUCGCAUUUUCAAACUGGCCUUCUACCCCAAUCAGGAUGGAGACAUUCUGCGUGACCAGGUCCUUCACGAGCACAUACAGAGGUUGUCCAAAGUAGUGACUGCAAACCACAAGGCACUUCAGAUACCUGAGGUGUAUCUCCGGGAGGCGCCCUGGCCCUCGGCGCAGUCCGAGAUCCGCACCAUCAGCGCUUACAAAACCCCCCGGGACAAGGUGCAGUGUAUCCUGAGGAUGUGCUCCACCAUCAUGAACCUGCUCAGUCUGGCCAACGAGGAUUCCGUACCUGGGGCAGAUGAUUUUAUUCCUGUUCUGGUCUUUGUUCUCAUAAAGGCAAACCCCCCUUGCCUGCUGUCCACUGUGCAGUACAUCAGCAGUUUCUAUGCCAACUGCUUGUCUGGAGAGGAGUCGUACUGGUGGAUGCAGUUCACGGCAGCCGUGGAGUUCAUCAAAACCAUCGAUGAUCGCAAGUAGCUCGCACAGCACGGGCAGGCUGAGCAGGAGAGGAGUUUGAGAAUGUACAACAGCUGCAAAAGCUGCAGAAAAGACUUUCCUUGUAAAAUACUGUACAGAAUUGAGGCAUUUUAAAACACACCUUUACUAAUCUAAUUAAUUUAACAGAUUUUCCUCUUCUCUUUGGGUUGCGUUUUUCUCCCCUCUAGAUACUGGCACUGCAAAAGGGACCACAGUUUUCAGGUAUUUUGGAAUCUCAAACAUUCAGAAAAUUCUUCAUGCUUUCUCCACCACCCCUCUUCCUGAAUUCUUAUUCACAUGAAUAGUUCACUUAAUUUAAUUUCUAACAGAAAACUGAAACGAGGAAACAGGGCAGCCACGUAGUAAACUUUCUAGUUGAGUACACCUUUUAUUAAGAAAACACCAGCCACACUGAAAGUUUGUAGUAGCUGACAUCAGUUAUUGGUUGUAUUUCACCUAAAUUUAAAAUCUGAGAGGACAGUGUAAAUAUUAUAUAACUAUAUUUAAUGCAUUGCAAGUAUCUUUGGACUUACUAUCCUUUGAAUAAACAAGCAGAAGCCUCUCUUACCUCUAACAGGUUGUGACCUACCAUGUUUUGGUGACAAAAGGACUUCCUCAAAAGGCUAAGAUUUAAAAAGGGCAAACUGAACUAUUUAUUAAGAUGUAAUUACAGAAAUUUCUAAAACUGGAAUUUAUAAUAGUGCUUAUUAGCUAGCUGAACACUUCUUGGCUAGGGCAUUAGGGUGUUACAGAGGUUUGGGUAUGUAGAGAGGGACUGUAAGUUGCAAUAGAAAAGUCUAAUAUAAAAAGGAGAAAUAAAAUACCUUACUGUAAUAUUUUUUCUGAGCUAUUGUGUAUACUGUACAAACCCCAAACAGAGAUCCUUAACAGAACCUUGGGCUGUAAUAUAUAUUUUGAUUAGUGACAUUAAAUACAUAUGCCAGGGGGUUCAGUGAAUGUUUUUACUAAAUGUUCUUUGUGUUGUCUGCUAUGCAGCAGUGCAAGUUUUACUGUUCAUAAAAAAUAUUUUAAAAUAAUAUAACACUGUUCUUUAUGAAACAUAUCAUGACAUCAGUUCAGGGUGUUUUAUAGAUUUCUCACCCCGCCUUCCCCUUAAACUGACAGUUAUCAAUUUAAAGAGGUUUUUAUGCACAACCCCACAUGGAUUUUUCAUGAGUGAAGUGCUCUGGGGCAUGGCCAGUGGGUGUUGGCUGUAUAUAAGCACUCGCUGCUCUUUUUCAGCUUCAAUACAGUGAAAAAGGACAGCGAGCACUGAACUUUUUCAUGUCAGUAUUAUUUCUUGCUCUUUCCAGAGUGUUCAUUGCACUUCUGACAGAGGGAUGUGGUAAGACUUGUGUCUGUGAGUGGUAAAGAAAACAAAAUUUUUCUCACAUUCUUUUGAAAACACGAUUGGUUAAUUUUGUGUGUGUGUGCAUUUUAAUGAUUAAAACCUGUAAGCAGCUAGUACUUGGGAAAAUCAUGUGAUCAAUUGGAAUUAGAGCAAUUUAUGUAAAGUAUUGAGUGCUUGAUUUGGCUGUGCUACUUGUCAAGGCAUAAUCAGGAAACUUAGGUUUUAGGGCUCUCAAAUAUAACUCAGUCGAGCAGUUUUGCCAAACUAAUCACAGGUGAGAAGGUGGGAUGGUAACCUUUCCUUUAUAGUCUUUCUCCUCUAUUAGAGACUCGCUUGUGUGGAGGAGCAAUACUCAGUCAAAACAGAAUUCUUCUGAUCUGCCUUACUCGGUGUCUCAGUCUGUGUAGCAUUGCAAUAUUCUGGUUAUUUAGCCUUGAUGGGUUUUUGGUGCUGAACAUGUAAUUCAAUAUUGCAAGCACAGCCCUGCAGCAAAGCACAAACAUGCCCUUGAAGAUAUGGCCAGAUCAUAUCAAAAAGCAAUAUAAAUUCAUUUCUAUUGAAGUGUCCUGUAAUAUAUAAUUAUUACUUGAAUAUCUGAGAUGUUAAGACUGAUGUGUGAAAGUUGUGCAGUUUGGGUGUUGGUUGAGGAGAGUAUUUGUAGGAUCCCUGAAGAAGGCACAAGGACACAGGAGGUGGUGGCCUGGCUCCCAGGGUUUGGUCAGCACCACUGGGGCUUUCAGCUUCACUCUCCUUUGUGGAAGGGGCAAGAACCAUUUCCUUCACAGCUUUUAUCACUUGGUUUCUCUGCAUAGAAAAAAAUACUUAAAAGAACUGGAGUCUUUUUUUAAAUGUUACUUAGUUAUUUUAAAACCAGUAGGUGUUUCAGUGAGCCCCAGGUGAGCUGAGAGUUUUUGUAGCAAGAUGGUCCUUUGCUUCUUUUUUCCAGCCUACUCUGAAGGUCCUUUAUAUAGUCUUGAUAGGUGUAGUUAGAGAAUUAGGCUUUCCAAAGAAUUAAAAACCUGCCUGUAAUGUCCUUUUACUGUUUUCCCCGAUGUCCCAUAAUGUUUUGUUUUAAAAUGCUAAAUUCCGUGUCUAGGAAGUGAUGUUGUUAGGUUUGAUGUGCAAUAGCCAAGGUGAAAAGACACUGCAUAAAGGACCAAAAGUACCAGAACUGCUGCCAAAAGGUGCCAGCCACGGGCCUGUUGCUGUAAUCCCGGUGCUUUCUGUGAAUUAAAUUCCUUCAACCACUGGAGGAGGAAUGGAACAUUUUGGGCAAAUUGGAGCAGGGAAGGGUCCUUGGUACCAGGUCACAGUGUGGGCUUCAGGCUUGGCCAUUGUCUCAGUGCCCAUCUUGACACGUUCUGAGGAGCUGCCACAUUAAACAAUGGCAUGUCUGUGCCUGGGAAUGCUACAGAGGUGAUGGUUUCUUUUUUGGGUAGGGGAGGGGAAGGAAAGGGCUGGGGGUUUCAUCUCUAGGUGAUUCCUUUGUGCCCCUAAGUGAGAUUUCUCUUUAAACCUUUUUGAAAUCCCCUUUAAGGAGAAUCAGAAUGUGUCUGGCCUAUCAAGGAUUUGAGUUUAAAAGUUUUUUUUUAAGACUUUUUACUACCAAAUGCUGAAUGUAACUGCCAUAAACUUGAGGAAAAAAAAGCCACAAACAUGAUGCUGUUUCCUGUGGAUGAGUCUGGUGAGCACAGUGUUGGUUUGUGUUGCUUGAAAAUGUUCUUGUUCUGUUAAGCCAAAUUCUCAGAGAGUUGGAGAACUCACUGCCGUGGGAAUGGGGUGGGGGAAGGGGGUAGGAGAGGGGCAGAGCUGCUGGCAGCAGAGCUGUGUGUUGGCACGAGUGAGUCAGUGUGCCUGGAGCAGCAGAAGGCAGUGGGGACAGGGGAAGGAUGCUCGGUCUGGGUACAGCUGGGGACGUGGUUGAGCCUGUACUACUUGAGAAUUAACCUCUGCUGAGUUAGUAGUGUGUGUUCUGUACCUUUUAAUUGUGCUUUACCUCUAUUGAAAAGCUUUGUACUGCCUCUCCUCUUUGGUAAAGCCUUUCUAAAUCUAAAUUAACGAGCUUGCACAAUCUUGUAUACAGGAACCCCAUCUUGUCUCUUAACGUGAUUAUUAAUGUAUUAUUCUGUAAAAACUGAUUAAAAGGAGAGCAGUUUAA